AUGCAUAUUUUCUCAAUUCUCUUGAUUGCCCUUGUAUUUAUUUCUGUUGUCAACUGUCAGUGGGGUAAUUAUGGCUGGAGAGACGAUUUGAGAGGAGGAGUUGAUGAAUGGGAAGGAAGUGGAGGAUGGCAAGGCAGAGGAGGUGGAAGGAAUCGCCAAAGAGGCGGAGGUGAACAAAGAGGUCAAGGAGGCCGCCGUGGGCAACAAGCAGGAGGAUGGCAGGGAAACAGAGGUCGAGGCAGAGGAGGUCCGAAUGAUGGCGGACGCAGGAGAUGGGGCGGAGGCAAUGACCGCGGUGGUGGUUGGGGCGGCCGAGGAUGGGGUCCAGGAGGGGGUUGGUGGCCGCACGGCUUUGGUUGGGGCGGAAGAGGUGAGAUUCCUAAUAUAACUCAAAGUACUAGAGGAGGAGCCGCUAUUUCAGGUUGGGGAUGGGGUUGGCUACGCUAA